AUGCGGCACUACAAGCCGGAAGACAUCCAGGGCUUCACAAAUGCUGCCACAAAAGAGCACCUCAGCUAUGUCGACCUUAGACAGCACACUAUCCACCUUUCCACCGCCCUCGCGAAGAAUUACGGCCUCCUGCAAGGCCAGACUGUUGCUCUCUUCUCUCCCAAUACUGUGUGGUACCCGUGCGCGAUGUUUGGCGUGUUGCGCGCUGGAGGCGUUAUCAGCGGUGCCUCCCCGGCCUACAACAUCGAGGAAAUGACGUACGCCUUGAAGACUGCAGAGGCCAAAUUCUUGUUCACGGUACCGAGCUCCAUGGAGGUGGCGGCUGCCGCGGCCAAGAAUGCGGGAAUCCCCCAGAGCAGAGUGUUUCUGCUCGAGGGGCAAAUGGAGGGUUUCACAACCAUGAAGGAGCUGCUGGAGAUGGGUCGCUCACACGGCCCAGAGGGACAGGUCGAACAGUUCCGUCUCCCACCUGGCAAGAAGAACAAGGACGUUUGUGGCUUCCUGUCCUUCAGCUCCGGUACCACUGGCUUGCCGAAGGCUGUCAUGAUUGCACAUUCAAAUGUCAUUGCUCAGUGUCUCCAAAUUCGCCAGAUCACGCCGGCAACCUUACGACGUAUUCUUGCCGUGUUGCCUCUCUUCCACAUCACGGGUCUUGUGCAUCAGAUGCAUCUACCUAUCCUCCUCAACGCUAAUGUCUACAUGUUGCCGGCAUUCACCAUGGAGGCUACACUGCAAACCGUCCAAGACUACAAACUCGAGGAAAUGCUUCUUGUCCCACCGAUUAUUAUCCGGCUGGUUCGCGACGAAAAGACUCUCGCAAAGUACGACCUUAGCUCUCUACGCCGCUUCAGUUCAGGCGCUGCUCCCGUAAGCCCAGAGAUCCUCGAACUCCUCAAGAGACGCUUCCCCGGGACGGGCUUCAAGCAAGGCUACGGCAUGACUGAGUCAUGUUCGUGUAUUACUGCACACCCACCCGAGAAGUAUGACUAUAAAUAUGCGUUCCGGGUAGGCACAAUUGUCGCGUCUACGGAGGUGAAGAUCGUCGACCCGGAUACAGGACGGGAAUGCGGACUGAACGAACCGGGGGAGAUCUGGGCGCGAGGUCCACAGGUUGUUAUGGGCUAUCUAAAUAAUCCGAAAGCCACCCGGGAGACAUUUGAUCAGGAUGGAUUCUUGCAUACCGGCGAUAUCGGGACCAUCGACGAAGAAGGGCUGAUCACGAUCACAGAUCGGUUGAAGGAGAUGAUCAAGGUGAAGGGGAUCGGCGUUGCGCCUGCUGAGCUCGAAGAUCUUCUCCUUGGGCACGAAGACGUCGAAGAUGUCGCCGUGCUCGGAAUCUCCGAUGACUAUUCGGGCGAGCGACCCAAGGCCUACGUUGUGCUCAAAGCAUCCAAGAAAUCGGGCGACCUACAAGCCACUGGCAAGAAGAUCAUCAAAUACGUCCAGGAGAAGAAAGUGCGGCAUAAGUGGAUCACCGAGAUUGAGUUUGUCGACGAGAUCCCAAAGAGCCCCAGCGGGAAGAUCCUCAGGAGAGUAUUGCGGGACAUGGCCAAGACCGGAAAGAGAGGUGUCGUUGUCAAGGACGACCGAGAAAGAGCAAGGCUAUAG